AUGAGUAAUUCAGAUACUAAAGAAUUUUUAGAGGAGCUCAAAGAACAGGCCAAGAGCGCGGAAAGUAGAGCCGAAAAUGACGAGCUGACAUAUGUGGACCCGUCUGAUGGGACUGUUUAUGAGUGGGAUUCAGACAAAAAAGGCUGGUUUCCUAAGGUAUUUAUACAUUUAGUUUCCCAAUUAUCAGUUCAUACAAGUUAUAUACACCAUUACUUUUUAAAAUGUAAUUACUGACGCUUAAAACAAGUUUCUGUCAAUCAAAAGGCUAGAUGCAAACUAAUGACUUUCGAGACUGUUGCAAUUAAUUUUAUUUAUCAAGUGUUUAUAUCAUGUAUUUGUUGGAUGAUGGGGUGGGUCGCAUCCAGGAUAUUUUUUAGGAGGGGGUGCACCACUAUAAAGACUGGUGAUGUAAGCAAACUUUAACACAGAAUACCAGUUGUAUCAGAACUAAGCCACAGGUCAUCUCAGGGGGCAGGGGUGUGGGGGGCUGAAAACGCAAUUAAAAAACAGAACCAAAAUGCAUAUAGAUAGGUUCGGGUCACCUUAAAAGUCAGCAGGUUUCAAAUCAGCCAGAUUGCCAUAAGUUAAAAACUGCCAGUCAAGUCAAUAUCUAAAAUAUUUGGCAGUAGAGAGGUCAUUAAUUACCCCUGGCAAGAAAUUUUCCAGAUAUUCAGAAAAUUAUAUGUACGUGUAGUCAGGUAAGGGAUGAUAUGAAAAGGAGAACAGACUGGGAACUGUGGUGAGAAAACCUCUUCUUCCUGUUUCCUCUAUUUGAAAAUCAUCAAUGAUAAACUUCCGUGAUUUGUAAACAAAUUCUUCUGGCCCCAACUGUUCAAAAGGUGGAUAGUGUUAUCCGGCGAAUAAAUCUCUAUCCAGUGAAUAGUGCAAUGGUUUUCCUAAUACUUAUCCACCGGAUAUGUGAUUUAUCCGGUGGAUAGCACUAUCCAGUGUUUGAACAACUGGCACCUGAUCACUAUAAUAAGAGACGGAUGGAAAAUGGUCUGGAGAAUAUUGAUGUUGAUACACAUUUCAGAGGUCAAACUCAUCAGUAUAUAAAAUCCAAACGUCUGCAGGUUGAUGAAGAUUUCAUAGCAGCAUAUCAAAUGAACUAUGGUUUUACACCAGAUGGUGAGCAAGCUGAUACUACUACUACAGAAAAUAAUUCAACUCCUACUACUUUUCCAGACACCACUCAAACAGCCAAAAAUGAGGUAAGAAAUAUUGUCAGUAGCUUAGUUUUAAUUUACAUUGACUAAAAUGACUAGAUCACCCAAAAAUGUCACACAGAUUAUUAGAUUGACUUUGGAGACAAAAAUAGUGGCCAAUUAAAUACAAUCAAAUCAUGUUGUUGAUCCACACUCUACAAAUAAAACAAAGAUAAAUUUAUAAAGAAUAAAAAUGCAAAUACAUGUAUCAGAAAUAAAACUUGAAAGUCAUAGGCUUCUUUAAAAAGAUAAAUUUUCAAGUGUUUAUUGUAGAGUAGUAACUGACAAGGGAUUUUUGCAUGAUGAGAGGCAAGUUAUUCCAUAGUCUUGAAUCAGCAUUAUUAAUCACCCAGUCUCCAUUUUAGUCUGAACUUUAGCCAUUUGCACAGUGAGCAGUUCUUGGCUAUUGGAAUGUAAUAAAAUAAAUUGUUUUAAAUUUACAUGUGGUGUAGAUCCUUUUUUCUCUGAGAUGUUCUUAGUUUGUACAGAUAGAUUUUUAUGUAUGCUUACCAGUCUGUACGUGUGGCAAAGUGAGGUCCAAAUCACCACAUCCAACCUGCUUGAUCAAAUAAGGAUAUGUAUGUAUGCAGUGUAAGCAGCUCAGGAAUAUCACCAGUCUCCUACCCUUAAUACAAUGUUGGACUGCUUAAUUACUGAGCUUGAAUCAUUAGAGCAUUAUUCUGCUGUAUUGUGUAAGUGUAUCCAUCAAAGAAUGGAUUAAAAUUGCUGCCAACCAUUGUUUUUUUCUUAGACCAAUAAACUAGAAGAAGAACCACCAACAGAUGUGAAGAAGAAAAAGCGGAAGGCAGAUGAAGGUGUUAAAUAUUUCUUGUUGGCAGAUCAAAAGAGAUUAAUUCACCUGUUGGAUAUCUGAACCUUAAACUGCCAAAAUAAUUGGGAAAGUUUUGCUGUGCCUUGUUCAUUGGUAUCAGCAGUUUGCAUUAGUAACUACAUAAUAUUAAACACAGUCACACUCAAAAAGAAUGUUUUGUCAGUUGCCUGCACCCAUACAGUUAAACAUUUGAUAACAUUUCUUGACUGCAUCUACAUCGUUUAGUGAUAUCUGCAGUAUUAUUCUGUUGGUGUUUGGAUAAUUCUAUCAAUUAUCCUUCUUGUGUUAUAGUAAGGUCUUUUGUGAUCAAUUGAUGUAAUCUGAGGUUUUAAUCACAGGUUGUAUGUAAUUGCUUCUCUUCACUACUGUUUAGGAUGGUUUGAAGUUGACGAGCAGAAAAACCCGAAUGUUUACGUUUCUGGUGAGUUAUUCAAAUGUCAAAUAUAGUACUAUAGUCAUGGUGCUAUUUGACUUUGAGGAUUAAGCUGAUAUCCACUGGUUCUUCCUUGACAACAGGAUUACCACUGGAUAUAACAGAAGAGGAAUUUGUUGAACUGAUGAGCAAGUAUGGCAUCAUAAUGCAAGACCCUGAUACAAGUAGGUUUAUUGUAAAAUCCUCACUAUGGCACAACUUUUAAGUGUUUCCACACCUCAGCUCAAGAUAUUUAUUCUGGAAUAACCUCAUUAUAUUGGCAAAAAAGCUCUAUAGAUUUCUAAAAUGCCAGAUGCAUGAUAUUAGUAACUGUCAUGUUUUGAAAUCAGCAUGAUUAUUUAGGUAUGCCAUAUCUGGAAGACUAACAAGAUACCAACUCUGCAUUACAAUACAACAGUAAAUCCAGACGAAUACUGAGAGUGUUAAGUGCCUUUAUAAUGGAAAUGUACUUUGAAAUUCCAGUAUUCAUAUAUGUUAAAUUCUCUUGUUGUAGAUAAGCCUAAAAUAAAGCUUUACAGGGAUGCUAAUGGACAGAUUAAAGGUGAUGGAAGAUGCUGUUAUCUCAAGGUGAUUUACAUCCAAAUUUGCUUCUGUGUCUAAAAUAACAAUAUUCUAUUUCACUUCCACACAUAAAUUUAAUCUUUAACUACAUGUAGUUCAUGUUCUCCUAAGAUUCUAGUAUUCAUUGAGUCAACAUUUGUAGCACUUUCUUCUCACUAACAAUGCUCUUGUGGAGUUAAGAUUCAUGGUCAUAUGUUUCAAGUAGCAGCACAGGCAUCCCAAGCUUACCUUACAAGAGUGUUAUGUAUAUUUUCUCAGAAGAGAGUCAGUAUCACGUUACAAGCGACCACUGAGACUUUGUAUGAAAAAUAAAAUACUGAGGUCUGCAAAUGCUAAAUACCAUUUUAUUUUUACUUUUUUUCUCUAAAAUUAAUAAAGGAGACUUACCUUUCAUGUAUUCCUAGUCGGUUUUUUUGGCUGCUAUUGUGUGACCCCUGUCACUCUCUUCAAAAAUCAAAGCAUUUAAUGUUUCUAUCCCUCAUUGACACUGUACUGCAGUUUUAUUAGAACUGACUCCUUCAACGUCAACAAUAUUUUCUACUUCAAAUUUUUUGGAAAUUAUCAGCCAAUUUUCAAGUUCUUAUUUCUUUUGUCUCUUCACCAGACACAAAAGAAAAAAUUUCAAGCCCUUAAAUAACAGAAGUUGAACCACAAAUAGCAUAAUGAAUACCCUAGAUAUAGUGACACAGUAUGCCCAUACCAUUCAUGAAAACAAUUGCUUCCUUUUACAGCGUGAAAGUGUUGAUCUAGCUAUCAAACUUUUAGAUGAGGCAGAUUUCAAAGGCAGCACAGUACAUGUUGAACAGGUAAAGUAUUUUCAUCAAAAUUUCUUGGACUCUAAACUGUCCUGACAGGAAUAUAUCUGGCACAUCUUUUUGUCCGAAAGCUAUACUAUCAGAACGUUUUCAAUGUUAAUUUUCUCUAGCUUACCCUCCUUCAUCAAACAAGUUAAAGCUGAACCAGGCCUGGCAACAGUUUUGUGACUUUAGCUAAGAUUCUUUAGUGGUAAUAAUUUAGCUUUCUUUCUCUUUUUUCCAGGCUGAAUUUCAUCUUAAAGGUGAAUACAAUCCAGCGCUAAAGAAAAAGAAAAAGAAUAAAAAGAAAAAAGCGGGGAAAGGACAAGAAAAGUGAGUAUUUUUGAAUUUCUAACCAGGAGGUAGCGUGGCUAAGUGAUCAGUGUGUCCCGCGGACUCGCAAUACCAAUCCCGCCGGUGGUCCCGAGUUUGGAUCCCGCUCCAGCCUCUAAUAAUAAUAAAUAAUAAUUUUAUUUAUAUAGCGCUAAAAUCCAAUAAUUGUCCAAAGCGCUACCUAAUUACAAAAUAGAAUAUAAAUAUGAAUAUAAAUUAUAAAAUAUCUACAAUAUACAAUAUAAUUCAAAUAUAGCCUAAGUUAUCUACUAUAUAAAUCAAAAACAUCUUAAAACAAAAGGAAUCUCAUAACCUAUAUGCUAACUUAAAAAAAAAAGUUUUAAGGGAUUGCUUAAAAGUUGCCACUGAAGCACAUUUCCUAAUCUCUAGAGGUAAAUCGUUCCACAAUUUAGGUCCUGCAAUAGGGAAAGCUCUGUCUCCAUAUUUUUCAAUCUGCUUCUUGGAACCACUAAAUAUUCUUUACAUGAAGAACGCAAUGACCUAGAGUAUGUUUUAAAAUUCAAAAGGUCAGAAAUAUAAGAAGGUGCAAGGCCAUGAAGGGCCUUGUAUACCAAUAAAAGGACUUUAAAAGUUUUUGUAAACUCAACUGGUAACCAACGAACAUUAAUUAAAAUAGGAGUUAUAUGAACAUGCUUCGGUGUCAGUGUGACAACACGAGCUGCAGCAUUCUGAAAUGCCUGUAGUCUAGCUAACAGAUACUUAGGAAGGCCAUGUAAUAAGGAAUUACAGUGAUCAAGUUUCGAACUAAUAAAUGCAUGGACUAAGAUUUUACAUGUAUCUUGGCUUAAGUACUUGCGGAUUUUAGCAAUAUUUCUCAAAUGAUAGAAUGAUGAUUUACAAAUGUUCUUAAUGUGCUCCUCAAAACUAAAUAUGCUAUCAAACUGAACCCCUAAAUUACGAACAGAGUCACGAGGUGCAAUGCACUCAGAACCAACAGUAAUGUGACCGAUGUCAGGCAUAGGAUGGAAUCUGGAACUGAUGACUACAAGGUCCGUUUUGUCCUGGUUUAGUUUAAGAUAGUUUCUUAUGAUCCAUUCAUCAAUGUCCCUCACACAGCAUUCCACGCUCUAGUGAUCAGUGUGUCCCGAGGACUCGCAAUACCAAUCCGGCGGUCCCGAGUUUGGAUCCCGCUCUAGCCACUUGCUGGAAGUGCACUUUCCACUACAACUGAUCCUUUGAGAACAUUUUGCUAGCUACCAUUGUACCUCUAUAGUUUAAGAAGAGCGGGGCGGUACUUAUAGUAUUAAAUCUAAGGAAUGAUUUGAUAUGAUUUGCCAUGACCAAUAAAUACCGAUAACGAAGGUUAAGAAACCCAGUGAUCUUUAUUAACUUGUAGACCGCUAAGCUUAUGAACCGCUUGAACGCUAAGCUUACUAACCGCUUGACCGCUAAGCUUAUGAACUGCUUGACCGCUAAGCUUAUGAACCGCUUAACCGUUAAGCUUAUGAACCACUUGACCACUAAGCUUGUGGACCACGAACCGCUUGACCGCUAAGCUUAUGAACCGCUUGACCGCUAAGCUUAGGAACUGCUUGACCGCUAAGCUUGCUAACCGCUUGACCGCUAAGCUUACUAACCGCUUGACGCUAAGCUUAUGAACCGCUUGACCGCUAAGCUUACUAACCGCUUGACCACUAAGCUUAUGAACCGCUUGACCGCUAAGCUUACUAACCGCUUGACCGCUAAGCUUAUGAACCGCUUGACCGCUAAGCUUAUGAACCGCUUGACCGCUAAGCUUAUGAACCGCUUGACCGCUAAGCUUAUUAACCGCUUGACCGCUAAGCUUAUGAACCGCUUGACCGCUAAGCUUACUAACCGCUUGACCGCUAAGCUUAUGAACCGCUUGACCGCUAAGCUUAUGAACCGCUUGACCGCUAAGCUUAUGAACCGCUUGACCGCUAAGCUUAUGAACCGCUUGACCGCUAAGCUUGUGAACCGCUUAUGAACCGCUUGACCGCUAAGCUUAUGAACCGCUUGACCGCUAAGCUUAUGAACCGCUUGACCGCUAAGCGCUUUAUGAACCGCUUGACCGCUGUUUACUAACCGCUUGACCGCUGUUUAUGAACCGCUUGACCGCUAACCGCUUGACCGCUGUUUAUGAACCGCUUGACCGCUAAGCUUAUGAACCGCUUGACCGCUAAGCUUGUGGACCGCUUGACCGCUAAGCUUAUGAACCGCUUGACCGCUAAGCUUAUGAACCGCUUGACCGCUAAGCUUAUGAACCGCUUGACCGCUAAGCUUGUGAACCGCUUGACCCUAGGCUUAUGAACCGCUUGACCGCUAAACUUGUGAACCGCUUAACCGCUAAGCUUGUGAACCACUUGACCGCUAAGCGCGUGGUGGUUAUAACUUAGUUAAAUUACAUUUAACCAAAAUAUUAUCAUUGCAAUAAUAUGUAGACUGUGAGCCUUCCCUUAUUUUUUCAUUAACACGUUCAGCGGGAUAACACUUGUUUACGUGCGAGAUGCAAAGACGCCAACCUAUAUAUUUCUUUACUCCUGGUGACGCUCUCGUUUCUCGCGUUUCGCGUCCUUGUCACUCGUGUAGUACCCCACUAUCUUUGCUUCAAGAAAAAUAAGAGAAGCCGGCUCUCAGCCUCAGUCUAUGUUAAUGUUUUUUUUUUUCUUAAUAGAGCCCAACAUUGCACAGUACAUGUUAUUUUGGAUUAUAAUAAUAACAUAAUGCGAUUAAUUUUUUCAGAUUACUGGACUGGGUUGAUAGAGAUUCAAGACAGAAGAAAGAAAGGAUCAUUGUUUUUAAGAAUAUGUUCAAUCUUGAAGUUUUGAAGGUUAGUGGUGACAGACAAACAUUCUCAUUCAACAUUCUUAGUUUUAACUAACAUAAGAAAAAUCUGAUAAUUAGAAUUACCUUAAAAUUACUACGUCAUAUCAUAUUGAUAAUUUUGUUAACUUUUUUUGCAGAAAAAUCCUGUUCUAAUUACAGACCUCCGUAAUGACCUUAAAAAGGAAUGUGAGGACAAAUUUGGAGAAGUGAGAAAAGUGAUUGUAUUUGAUGUAAGUAUGUUUCCAACCAGACUCACAAACAUUGAAUCAAAGGUUAGGUUUGCUAGGAAGUUUUAGUAAAGCUCUGUGAGCGGUGAAAGGAAGCCGUUGCAGACAGGUCUCCAUUACUUGAGAACCUUAUUCGUGUACAACGAAAUUUGACGAUAACACAUAUGAUAAUAAUAUUGAUGAUAAUCAUUGUUGCCGGAGUUAAUGCAUACAUUGUUCUCUGGUUUAUGGUAAAAUCGUCCCUUGUAAAAGGGACUGUUGUCCUCUCGAUUGUCUCGUUUUAGUUUGACGUUGUUUUAUUUUUAUAUAUUUAUUCAAUGAUUUAGCGCAACAAAGAGGGAGUUUGUUCUGUGGCAUUUGCAACCUUUGAAGCAGCCGACGCUUGUUUACCUGUGAGUAUGUUACAUGAUGCUUUUGAUACUUUUCCACAGUACAUGAGUGUAACUGUAAAAGACUUGAAGCCAGGAGUCAUUUCAUAAAGUAGGUUGAGCAUGAUCGUCCGGGUGAUCGUGGUCCUGAAUAGGAAUGUUGUUGACAGUCACUGACGUUUCGCCGUCAUGUUAUUGGCUAUGAAGGCUCGAAAUGUCAUUGGUGUGUUUCGAUUUUAGCCAAUACUGAACAUCACGGCUUAACUGACAGACGACCAACAACACUAAGUUUAAUACCAUCAACUGACGUGAUACAACUCACUUUAACUCUGAAAAUGACUACUGCACAGGUUGUCGAAAAGUCAGUCACUGUCAGCAACAACAGUCCUAUUCAGGAUACCACGUUCACCCGGACGAUUAUACUUAUAAUGAUCCUAACUAACGUUUCUCGCUCGUUCUGUCAUGGGUAUGUUCCAGUUGAGCUCAUGCUGCCGGCCAGAGAAGCCACACUGGUGUUAACAAAGUUUAUUUUUAGGUGAUGAAUGGACGGUGGUUUGCUGGUCGCAGAAUAUCAGCUGAGCGAUGGGACGGUGUAACUAGUUACAAAGUGGAAGAAACAGAUCAGGAACGAGAACAGCGACUUGGAGAAUGGGAAAAAUAUCUUGCGGGUGAACUUGACUAACCUUCCUCGGAAUCCUAACGGAAGGUAAUGAAAGAAAAGGCGAUGCUGAUCAGUUUAAACUAACCCGUUUAGCUUUUGUCGUGGCGUUAACACGUUCAUUUCCAAGAAUCCCUGAGAUGAAGAGUCAAGAAGCUGCUCACUAAAAUAAAAGUAAUUCCGUGUUCAACAGAAAUUUCAAGACCAUACAUUAUUUAUUCUUUGUUUUAUCACAAAUGGUACAAAACAGAAAAUUAUUUAAUUUUUCCUGGAGGUGAGUGACGAUUUGAAGAAAAAGUCGUUUCGUUCAUGUUUGCCGUUCAGUGAUUAAAAAAAAAAAUAGUGAAACUACUGACUUGUCCGUCCCCACUCGUCUCUUUUGUCUCAUCAUAGUCUCCCGCGACCUUUCCUUGACCGCCUACAAAUGAGAAGAGACGACUGGGGACAUGUCAGGUGAAACUAGACAUUGAGGCCUUUUCACCAGUUAUGUAAGAGCUGCUCGUAAGGUGUUUCCUCAUUGGUCGCAGAAAACAAUAACUUAUCAUUGUUUAUCAUUAUUUCCCAUUGUUUGACAGUUAGGGUUUUCACUGGUUAGUAGCUCUAGUAACUUUGAACAAUAAAUAAACCUAUUUAAUUUGUAUUAGCAUAAUUUGAUAUAUCUAUUUUCAGGGAAACUUUUCAGGACGAACUAUCACCUUCCGCCAUGCCACAUUGUUAAAAGAUACAGCUCGACCUAAAUUCCCUUAAAGUGAGAAACAGCAUAGAUAUUUCUACAGCUGAUAUUAUGCAUCACGUGGCCAUGGUACGAAUCUCAGCACGAGCUGUUCAUGUGGUUUGGUCUGUCACGUGCCACCGACAACGCAUGAUCCGCCAUUGGCGAAUGAGAAUUCUGAUAAAGCACAAGAGGUCGUCUUUUUCCACCAACAGCAAUACCGUAUUUAUUCGAUUAACCGCCCUGUUAAAUGGGGAGGUGGGCGCUUAUUUGGCUGGGCGCUAUUAAAUUUUCAUUUUUCAGGAAGUGAAGUAUGUUUAUUUUGCAACAAAACAAUAAAUGCUAAUAACAAAACGCGAAGAAGUAAUGAAAGGUUUCUGUAUAAUAUGAAGAAAGCUCCGUCCUCCGGGAAGUCUCUUAUUAGAAUUUAUUCACUCAAGUGGGUGGGGUGGGGGUGAGCGCUUAUUUGAGUUUGAUUGGGAGGAGGAGGGGGUGGGCGCUUAUUCGAGGCUGGGCGCUUAUUAACUUUUUCUGCCUUUAGGAUGGGCGCUUAUUCGAGGUGGGCGCUAAUUCGAGGUUGGGCGCUUAUU